AACAGGCGCUUGCACCGAAGAAGUGAACGACGCAGGAAGCAAACCUGCAUCUCCGGUUGUAGUGAGCUCAACGUUGGUUUAAGUUUGCUUCACGCUAGUUGGUUUGGAAUUGUUGUCCACUGUAGGACAGGCUUCGGGUUCGCGUGUUAGAUGUGAGUUUUGUUUUAUACGAGCGUGUGCGUGGGCUGGUCCCUUCAGUGAACCGCAGUGUCAGAUAGCCUAGCUCCCUUGCAGCUAGCUUGACGCGCUCCUUUCACGCAGCGUGCUAAUAACAAAACGGGUCGAUUUAAAUAAUGAAUUUGGUCGAAAGCAAAACUCUACACCAACACCUACGCGAUGAGGAAGCUCUUGUGGUGGAAAACGCCAUCCGGCUGGCGAUAGACUCGAUAAUAAACGUGCUGUACGGAGUGAACAGCGCCAGGAGUCAUGAGUACCAGCGGAUGGUGACCGACAGGGACAAAGAGAUCCAGCGGCUCGAGUGCAGGCUGAAGCAGAUAGAGCAGGAGCUGCAGGUGCUUCGCCGACAGGGGUGCACCUGUGGGGUGUUUGGAACCCAGCAGAGCCUCGUCGGAUCACAGACCUCCGGUGACCGAGAGAACAGAGAGCACGGCGGGUUUGUACCAGGCUGCAUUGACACUGAGAUGACAGCAGGGAGGCAAGAGUGUGAAAUGAGCAUCUCUUUGGGUGUUUUUGGAAGGCCCUCUUCACGUGUUUCCUCCCAAAGCCACGAGUCAGCUCUUCCAUUGUCCCCCAGUAGAACAGGUCUGGACCAGGCCUGCGCCUCCCACUCCUCAGAGACCUCGGGCAUAUCAGAGGCUGCCAGGAAUCUGCCUACAUCUCCCAGCAGCCUCGUCAAAGAAGAGCCGUAUGAUAUGGACACAAUCAUGAUCAAGUGGGAAAUGAGUGAGGAGAGACUGGGAGAGCAUCAGGAGAACACAGGCGACUCAUGUCUAGACAAAGAAGGUCCUACUGUCAAAGAAAAAGAGGAGGACAGAGAGGGGAAAAGGCUCAGGGAGAAGCCUCAUGCAGACGCUGGCAGACAGAUCACUGAGGGAGGACACCUGAGGAACAAGAAGAAGAGCGUGCCAAUGUCCCAGCUGACGGAGGAGGCUCAGAGACUGAAGAGGGCAGCAUGGAGAGCAGCUUCCAGGCGGUAUUAUGCCCGAAAAGUAGCCCGCCAGCAGGGAAACCCGACGCACUCUGGCCCCUUGCCCCACAUUCCAGCUUCUCAGUAUUCACAACCCAUCUCUUUUGUAGAUAAGAGGAAGAGGACGCUGAUAUCUGAGUUACCUGAAGAGUCUCAGAUGCUGCAGAGGGAGGCGUGGAGAGCCGCAUCCAGGAGGUACUAUGCUCGAAAGGUGGCUCACCACCGGACCAACCCCACGCUGUACGGACAUGUGCUUCAGAACACAGAGCUGUCGGGAGAGACACAGAGACCAGACAGAGGAGGCUCCCACAGCAACACUGGAGGAAUAAUGUGCAGCUAAUAAACAGAAAUGCUGUUUCAAAGAACGUUCUCACACACUAUUCAGUCUUUUUGCAGGCUUCUUUGGCGCAAUGUGCGCCUGUGCCAGCUGCGCUAGAAUGAAGACUGAAAGUAAUUUGGGGCAUUAAGAGUUUUGUUCAGUGUUGCAGCGCCCCUGGAGUCCAACAUCUGUAACUACGAUUAUGACAUAUACUGUAUAAGCUAAUGGGCACAUUUGAGCAUUUUUGUGU